GUGCCCGAGAUAAUAAAGAUGAGCUAGACGGCUGGCAGACGGUCGUUUUUGCCUGAGCACUACCUAGCAUUAUGAGGGAAGCAUCACAGGACGCGUGUAAAGAUUAGAUUGACGAAUGCUGUAAGACAAAUUGGAGGGAGAACAGUUAUGGCUAUGCUGGAGAGAAGACAGAUAAAACCUAGAUCCGCGAAUAACAGUCAUUAGCACGAAGUCGCGAAGUUCAGUGGUUCGGUAGCAGGACAGAAAAUUCGAAAGACUUAGAGAAAAAUAAUGGAGACAGCGUCGAAUACGGCGAUAGGCAUCUUGCUAUUGAUGCUAUUGAUAUCAGUAGAUAUCAAUGCAAAACCAUGGCCGCAACGUAUCCACCCAAAACACGACAUAACCACAUUAGAUCCAAGUAAAGCUGUUUGUACGACAGAGACAGCAAGCCUUUGUCAAAAAUGUGCUAAAGAAACGAAAAGUGACGUCGUGUAUCCCUGGUGCUGCACCAAUCACGAGGGAGCUCGGACCUGGUGUGAAAAUUACUUAUAUUUCGGUUUGCAGUAGUACACUACGUGUAAAACAAGAUCAGGCCAAUCAAGAGUUUCAGCAUAGCUUUAAAGAGCUUCCAUAGUUCUUCUUCUCAAAGGGUUAUAUUGAGCGAUUAUUCAUCGUAAUCGGUGUAUCUCUAAUCAUAUAUUAUACAGUUAAAUAUAGCAAAGGGUUCAACAUAUAGAAUUGUUUGCACGACUUGUGUCUCAUGUAUAUAGCAUUCAUUCAUAUCCAUAACUGUGCAACAUCUAUACUGUGAUAAAAUGUAUCAUAAAAUAUUGUCAUUAUCAUGAUAUCGUAUCACGCUUCUAUUUAGGCAAAAGCACAUCGCAUCGUUAGAUCCCAACCAUAUGUGAAUACGAAAGAUUUUUCAAGUCUAUAAAUGGUCGAGGAUAUAUAUUAAUAUUUGUCUUAUGAACAAUAAGUAGGACGUGAUUCCGUUAGCGCAUGAGAAUGCCCUUUGGACUAUGAAGUCUCACCUAAUAUCAUAAGUAUAAGAAUAAGUAGCGCGCAUAUUCAGUAUUAAUCUAAUUUCGGUCUGAUUGAUUUGGACAGAAGCGCAUGAGUAAAGUAACGAAUUAAUUAUACUACGUGGGCCUAUCGCAGUAAUAUUAAUAGUUAGCAUUACUUUUUUUAUUCAUAAAACAAACUUGUUAUGUUCUUAUACUUAUUUAUAAGUUUGCUUCAGUAUUAUGAGACUUCAAGGCAAUUGUGAUGUUUAAUUACUGGUUAAUUCUAUGUUGCGUAUCUAUUCUAUGUAUUGUAAUAAGUUUAUUUUUAUUUUUAUUUUUAAUUAGUAUUACGUCGGGUAACAAUAUAUAAUAAGACAGUGUACAAUACCGUGUGCAAUAGGUGAUCGUUAUUGACUCCGUGUGGCAUUAUCGGCAGAUAAAGAAAUUAAGAAGAAAGAUAGUAAGAGGACUAACAAAAAAUAAAUUAUAACUAUAAAUAUUCAAA